AGAAAUAUCAACCGAUCCAAUGAGAGUCAUCAGAUUAACAAUGUCAUUGCCUAACAGUAGACCGCUCGACAAUAGCUGCGAGCUAAAUCGCAUGGUAAAACGCUUGUACACCUCGCCCAACAAAGGUUUCAUAGAAGUAGGGCCGUGCAAUGUUUUUAUGAUAAAUAACUUCGAACAGGUUUACGAUGGAAUAAAAAAUCUAACGGUCUACGACGACGACGUUUUCUUACUCGGGUUUCCUAAAUCUGGAACGCGUUGGACGCAAGAGAUGGUGUGGCUAAUCUGCAAUGAUUUUGACUACGAGGGUGCUAAGGAGACGAUCUUAACCCGAAGAUUUCCAACCCUUGAAUUUGAUGGCGUUACACAUUACAAUAUUAACAUCACCAAGACAAUAUCGGAAAUGAAGCGGCCUCGGUUACUCAAAACUCACCUGCCUUGGAGUUUAUGUCCGGACGAUAUAACGAGCUACUCCAAGAAACCAAAGUUCAUUGUGGUUACGCGAACCCCUGAAGACGUUUGUCUUUCCAUGUUUUACCAUGCCAGAACGUCGCAAGGAUUCACGGGUAGCUUUGAGGAGUUUUGCAUUCUCUUUUUGGCCGGAAAAGUUAUGUUCGGAUCGUACUGGUCCCAAGUGCUAAGCGUGUGGGAGCAAAGAGACAAGCAUAAGAUGCUGUUUAUAAGGUAUGAGGAUAUGAAAGAAGAUCUCGCUGCGGUUAUACGUCAAGUCGCGGAGUUUCUCGGCAAAAACGUACCCGAGGAAGAGAUGCCCAGACUCGUGAGGCAUUUAAGUUUUGACUCGUUGAAGGUGAAUCCGGCGUUCAACAACGCAGAUUUGAUUGCGAAAUUUAACGGGCACUGUAAUCCGUUUGUGAGAGAAGGUAUUGUUGGAGGUCAUAAGACGGCUAUGACGUCUGAAAUGAUUGAGCGUUUCAAGAUUAUGAAAAGGAAAAUGUUUGGAGACGCUGGACUCUGCUUUGAUUAAUUGUUACAUAAUCAUUUCUGUUUUUUUACAGGGCAUUACUUUUACCGUAUUAUCAAGUAUUCAAUUCGUUUCAUUGAUAAUAUCACCCACCAAAAUGUUAUAAUAUUUAUACCGCCAAUUUUGUCACAUGGUUGUCUAAUCUAAUUGUUCAUUAAAAUGCCUGCAUGUUGAAGGACUGACUGUUGU